AUGUUGAAAUGGUUUUGGAGAUACUUGGCGAGCGGGGAAGAGCUGUGGGCAAGGGUGAUUAAAUCUGUGUAUGGGGAUUUGGAGUGGGGAGAAGAUGGGCAGUGCAGACUCAGGAUGAGAGGAGGGAUGACUGGCUGGUGGUCGAAAAUUGUUGACAAAGGAAGGGGAGGUGAAAAUGACAGAUGGUUCUCUGAGAAUAUCUCACGCGAGCUCGGGAAUGGCUUGGGUAUUAGAUUCUGGGAUGAGGUGUGGACGGGGAAUAGGCCGUUGAAAUUUUUGUUCCCAAGAUUAUUCGCGUUGAGUUCAGACCAGCAGGGGCUGGUCGGAGAGUUUGGAAAUUGGGCGGGUGAGGAGUGGAAUUGGGAGUUCAGGUGGAGAAGAGAUUUGCGUGAGAGGGAGAUCGAAAUGGUUAAUAAUCUGCUGCUUGUUAUCUCUUCUUUGGCCCCCUGUGCAGGAAAGAAAGACGGAUGGAAAUGGAAAGCAGCAAAAGACGGAGUUUUCUCAGCCAAGUCGGCAUAUGAGGCCAUUUCAAAGGAGAAAGGCGAGAUGGCAUCUAAACACCACGAGGGGUUGGCCCAAGUCUGGGAGGCGCCAACUCCACAUAAGGCGACGGUUGUUGCAUGGCGAAGCUUGAGGAAUAGAUUGGCGACGUGUGACAAUUUGGUGAGGAGGAACGUACCGAUUCAAGUGGAAGAGAAGUGGUGCAAUGCAUGUGUGGGUCAUGAAGAGACGGUGGAACACCUGUUUAUUCAUUGCCCAAAAACCGAUCAAGUUUGGGAUUAUAUCCAGCAAUGGCUCAACAUCAAAACGGCAAAGCCACAAGGUCUCUCUCAACAUUUUUUGUCUUUUACUCAUGGUGGCAAAGGAAAGAAAAUCAGAAAUUUUUUGAAAGCUUUAUGGGUUGGAACAAUUUGGCUGCUGUGGAGCUCUAGAAAUGAAAGUAGGUUUGAAGGAAAGGAGUGGGAUCCACAAAAACUUGUGUUGGAGAUUAAAGGUAGAAUUUGGAGUUGGAACAAGACUUUCCAAAUGGUGGAAGUGAAUGUUCCGUUUUCUUUGUGGUGCUCCCGAGAGUACACACUUCCCUUUUUGUAA